GUGAGAGUAAGCGUGAGAGUGGGAGCAGGUCUGCAGUCUGUCUCUUGUUGUAAGAACCAGAGAUAGAGACAGUACUUUUUUUUUUAUGUACCGCUUUAGGAAGGCACCGAUAGCCUAGUCUACUGGAAAUAAAAUAUCUAUUAAUUUCUCACAUCAUCAAAAUGAUUCUGAAAAUCUUGUGUUUGGGGAACUUUUGAAAAGGAACAGUUUUGGUGGAUUUGGACAACCGUUAUUCUUCGGCGGUCCUGCGUUCAACGGACCUGUGACAUGUGGAUUAUCGACAUUGGUGAUGAUACCUCUUGUUAACUGGGAAUAGAUAAGAAGCCCAUCAGCACCAGCACUUGUCCCGUAGGGAAAAAAAGGCAACAAAAAAAGAGAGGGAUCUCUCGCUUUUAUUCAUCCUCUCGAAUCGAAUCUAACAUUUUGAGUAGAAGAGGGAUUUGUGUGAUUGUUUCUCGCCGUGGAUAAGUCACCACUUAGUUUUUUUCUUCGUCUGGCCUGAGUGGGCUCAGGCUUGUUCUCUCCUCCUCCUGCGCGUGAGAAUCGUUCUCCGGUGAGAUUCUGCUAACCCCGCGGUCCGCAUGACAUGGUUCAGUCCUGUUGCCGGUGCCGAGCCUCGAUGCAUUGGGAUUUCUCUCAGCACCGAACACCAAGUAAACCUUCUUUCUGAACCCGUCUAAUAAAACGUGCCAGCUGCCCCCGAACCGAAAUACACACACCUGCCAUGACCGCCUCUUCGAACCGGGACGGAACCGGACACAUUACCGGGCAUGUUCGUAGGACAGAAUGCAGAUGCAUUAGCAGGCAUACCAGGACCGGGCCAAGCAAAGCGGAGGGAAUAGGGAUUUUUGCGCUAAUGAAGGCAGGAGUAGCAUCGCACCAGUGGAACCGGGUUGUGUUCUUGUUAAUGGGGCUACUGGCAGCCUCAGCCUCCGUUACGGCUCAGAACUGCAGUUAUACUCUCCAGAACCCCAACGGUACGAUAGAGAGCCCUGGCUACCCAUACGGCUACCCCAACUAUGCCAACUGUACGUGGGUGAUCCUGGCAGCGGAACACAACCGGAUACAGCUGGUGUUCCAAGGUUUCGCUCUAGAGGAAGACUUCGACCUGCUGUCUGUCUACGACGGUCCGCCCAGCCCGGGGAAUCUUAGGACCAGAUUGACAGGGUUCCAGCUGCCGUCGCCCAUAGUGAGCACAGGACCCAGGCUAACACUGUGGCUGCUGUCAGACUAUGCUGUCAGUGGACAAGGCUUCAAAGCCAUCUAUGAAGCUCUACCCAGCUAUACCUGUGGUAACCCCGGCCAGCUGGUCAACGGUCUUCAACAGGGCUCAACCUUUAACAUUGGAGAGAAGAUCAGGUACAGUUGUAGCCCCGGCUACGUGUUGGAGGGACACACCACGCUGUCCUGUCUGGCUACGUCUGCUGGGACCGCAGCAUGGGACUUCCCCCUGCCCUACUGCAGAGCGGAUGACGGAUGUGGGGGAACGCUGCGAGGCCAGAGCGGAGUGAUCACCAGCCCCAACUACCCAGGGGAGUACAGCAACAAUGCGGACUGUACCUGGACCGUCCUGGCUGAGCCUGGAGACACCAUCGCCCUGGUCUUCUCUGACUUUACACUGGAGGACGACUAUGACCUGCUGGAGGUCAGCGGCACAGACGGACCCUCUCAGUGGUUCACUGGUCCUAACCUGCCAUCUCCCGUCCUCAGCAGUAAGAACUGGCUAAGACUACACUUUACCUCUGAUGGAAACCACAAGCUGAGGGGCUUCAGUGCCCAGUACCAAGUGAAGAAGAUGACAGAGCUGAAGUCCAGAGGAGUGAAGAUGAUGCCCAGUAAAGACAAUCAUCACAAGAUAUCAGUUUUGUCUCAGAUGGGUGUGGCCCAGGGACAUAACAUGUGUCCAGACCCGGGGAUCCCUGACCGAGGGAGAAGAAAAGGAUCGGACUUCAGGCGAGGUACCACGGUGCACUACUCCUGUGAUGAGGGUUAUGAGCUGCAAGGCUCUAAGAGCAUCAGCUGCCUGCGAGUCACAGACAGCUACGUAGGCUGGAGCGACGACCGACCCAUCUGCAGAGCUCCUAUGUGUGGUGGUCAGCUGAGAGGCCCUAACGGCAUCAUCGCGUCACCAAACUACCCCGUCCAGUACGACAACAAUGCUAACUGCACCUGGGUCAUCAGCGCCACAGACACCACCAAGGUGAUCAAACUGACCUUUGAGGACUUUGACCUGGAGCGUGGUUACGAUACGUUGACGGUUGGAGAUGGAGCCGUGGUCGGAGACCAGAAGACCGUCUUUCACGUCCUGUCAGGAACCACUACUCCAGACCUGGUGGUCAGCACCAGUCAUCAGAUGUGGCUCAACUUUAAGACUGACGACACCAGCGGCUCUCUGGGCUUCAAGGUGUCGUAUGAAGAGAUCGACCAGGGCAGCUGUGGUGACCCAGGGAUACCGGCCUACGGCAAGCGGGAGGGGACAGGUUUCCGCCACGGGAACAUGCUGUACUUUGAGUGUCUCCCUGCCUUUGAGUUGGUGGGGAAGAAGAACAUCACCUGCCAGAAGAACAACCAGUGGUCAGCCAAGAAACCCAGCUGUGUCUUCUCGUGCUUCUUCAACUUCACCACCCCGUCUGGGGUGCUGCUGUCCCCUAACUACCCCCAGGAAUACGGAAACAACAUGCACUGUGUGUGGCUCAUCAUCACCAAGCCAGAGAGUCGGAUCAACCUGGCCUUCAAUGACCUCAGCAUGGAGAAACAGUUUGACUUCCUCAGCGUCAAAGACGGUGGCAAGGCUGAGUCUCCCAUCCUGGGUACGUUCUCUGGUGACGUGUUGCCAGCACCCAUCACCACCAGUGCCCACGUGGCACGCCUAGAGUUCCUGACUGACCACACCUACACAGACCGGGGGUUCAACAUCACCUUCACCACGUUCCGCCACAACGAGUGUCCAGACCCGGGCGUUCCAGUGAAUGGGAAGAGGUUUGGUGAGAACCUUCAGCUGGGCAGCUCCAUCUCCUUCCUGUGUGAGGAGGGCUUUGUGAAGACCCAUGGCUCCCAGACGGUCUCCUGUAUCCUGAAGGAUGGAAACGUGGUCUGGGACAACGCUGUGCCACGCUGUGAAGCUCAGUGUGGGGGUGAUCUGAAGGCCCCUAGUGGUAUCAUCCUGUCCCCUGGUUGGCCAGAGCUCUAUAAGGAGGCUCUUAACUGUGAGUGGGUCAUCGAGGCUCCGCCAGGAUACCCCAUUAAGAUCGUGUUUGAUAAGUAAGUCUGGACACAACACUGUCUCCUUCUA